CCUUUGAAAAUGUGCAGCAUAACUUUUUCAAGUUAUUUUAUCAAACGAGUAUUGUAACGGUGAACAUACCGAUACUUGGGACGAUAAAGCAGGAAAACGCCGUUUGAUAUCAGUAUGAUAUUCUAAGAAUUUGUUCUGCACGGAUUUCAAUUAGGGAAAGAUUGCGUCCGUAACCCCGUUCGUCUCCGCUCUCGUGUAUUUCGUUCGAAACGUUACUUUGCUGCGCGUCUGGUGUUGAACCUUUGUGACCAGAGCAGAAACGGCACCUCAUCAGUGUGGCGUCUCUCGGAAGGGAAGGGCACUCCUGUGUCGCCGAACAGACAGGGUCAGGAUGGAGGUGUCAAGGAGGCGGAUCUUACAGAAGCACCUGCAGCCAGCCAGACCACUGCGGCGCUGCAGUACUGACCAGGAUUCCUGCUUUAGAAAUGAGCCAUCUGCGUGUGGACAAGCUGGAGAAAAAACAAUGAACAGUAUUGGAGUGGAACAGUUUUUUGAAAUCCUCCAUCUCCAUACUCAGACACCACAAAAAGACUCCACCCCAACUAAAGUGAGGAUAUCUUACACUAGAGACUUCCUGAUUCAACUGGCCAGUUCCCCCAUUGCCAAAAGAAAACCGGACUUCUUACCAGAACAUCCUGUUGUUUUGGAAAAGGCGAGAGAACCUGGUGUGCCAUGGUUGGAGAAGAGGUUUGAUGAAAACAAUGACAUGCUUGCCUAGGCUAACAUGGAGCCAGGAAGUCUGGUUGCUGCUGCUGCUUUUCAAACCACACACCACUACAACUUGCUCUGCCAUUGAGUGAUAUACCAACAACAACAAAUCCCAGUUGAGCCCAGAACACAACAGGCAUGUAAUGCGUCCCAAAUAGCACCCUAUGUCCUAUUUAGUGCACUACUCUUGACCAGGGUCGAUAGGGUUCAGAUCAUAAACAGCCAUGACCAUGAGAGGUAUAUCUUUUUUUUUUAGUUCCUUUGACAAAUGUUGGUUCCUUUGGUGGACACAAACCUGAAAAUGUACCGUAGCCUACAUGUUUUAAAUUGUAUGUUUCAGUCUAAAAUAAUAAUGCGUGGUUGAAUGAUGUGCCUUGAUGCUAACAAAUGCCCCUUGCACUGUGUGAUGUUUACAUAUGGCAUAAUGCUAAUAACGCCUCAGUGGAGACCAUUGACUCUGAGUAACCUUACAACGACCUCCAAGACCAACACUACAUUCAUUUAACCCUUUCACUUUUUCAUAUUUUGGAGUAUGGGUGUUUUAGGUUUGAUAUUGUCACUGAAGAUUGAUUAUUGACUUAUAUCAACUAGUUGAAUGUUGAUGUAUAGGCCUGCUGCAUAACUUGUCUGUAUUCCCCCAUUGAAAACUGUUGCUUGAAAUGAUUCGGCUUCUAAGCCUGCCUUUGAACACUAUCCUUCUGAGGGUCAGUCCUGUAGUCACAUCAAAUAGUACAUCUCUCCCCCACUUCUCUGAGGGUCAGUCCUGUAGUCACAUCAAAUAAUACAUCUCUACCCCACUUCUCUGAGGGUCAGUCCUGUAGUCACAUCAAAUAAUACAUCUCUACCCCACUUCUCUGAGGGUCAGUCCUGUAGUCACAUCAAAUAGUACAUCUCUACCCCACUUCUCUGAGGGUCAGUCCUGUAGUCACAUCAAAUAGUACAUCUCUACCCCACUUCUCUGAGGGUCAGUCCUGUAGUCACAUCAAAUAGUACAUCUCUACCCCACUUCUCUGAGGGUCAGUCCUGUAGUCACAUCAAAUAGUACAUCUCUCCCCCACUUCUCUGAGGGUCAGUCCUGUAGUCACAUCAAAUAGUACAUCUCUCCCCCACUUCUCUGAGGGUUAGUCCUGUAGUCACAUCAAAUAGUACAUCUCUACCCCACUUCUCUGAGGGUUAGUCCUGUAGUCACAUCAAAUAGUACAUCUCUACCCCACUUCUCUGAGGGUCAGUCCUGUAGUCACAUCAAAUAGUACAUCUCUACCCCACUUCUCUGAGGGUCAGUCCUGUAGUCACAUCAAAUAGUACAUCUCUACCCCACUUCUCUGAGGGUCAGUCCUGUAGUCACAUCAAAUAGUACAUCUCUCCCCCACUUCUCUGAGGGUCAGUCCUGUAGUCACAUCAAAUAGUACAUCUCUACCCCACUUCUCUGAGGGUCAGUCCUGUAGUCACAUCAAAUAGUACAUCUCUCCCCCACUUCUCUGAGGGUCAGUCCUCUAGUCACGUCAAAUGGUGCAUCUCUCCCCUACUGUACUUUUUCUCAGUUUAUUCUAUAGUAGUUGAAUGUGAAUAACGGCUGUCUAAAUUAGCACAGAGUUAGUGAAACCCGCCGCCUUGACUUGCCUGUGUACAUAAGCGGUAGUUUAUUAUGCAACUUGUGUUCGGAGACUGUUGUGGUUCUAGUGUGGAAUGGGAAAAUUGAGUGCCUGUUUAUUUUUGAAGUGUAUUUAUUUUAUUUAUCCUUAUUUUGUUAUAAGCUAUUUGCCUAUCAAGGCUUCGUCAUGAUGGCGGGCUUCACUCCAAGAUGUUGGCUUUUUGUUGAUACAAGGCUGAGAGGACUUUCCUAUGCUAAUGUAAAGGGACUGCCAAAGUGUAACCAUCUAUUUUCAGAUAUGCAGUAGGUGCCCCUCCCCACAUUGAUUUUGACUUUCAAGUUGCACAUUGUGAAGAUAGCCUAUUUAAUUUUGUGUACUAUGGUGCACAUCCUCUCAUUCCUCCAAGACGUAUGAGCUGAUCUGGGAUCUGCCCUAAUAGCCCUGUACAUUUCUGUGCUCUUAUUAAAAAUAAAACAAAUUGUAUGACAAA